CAGCUGGUGGCUACUAAGUAGCCACACGGAGUGAAAGGGCUAAGAAAGUGGGGAAAGCUUGAUGAAGGGGGGGUUCUAAGAGUGACUGAGGGUAGUUUUUUUUAAUUAUUUUUAAAGGGUGGCACACCAAAGAGUUCGAGUAUACGCAGCCAAAAUGCUCUGCCACGUUACUCGUCCGGAUUCGGUGGUGAUGGAAGUGGAAGUUGAUGCGAAGGCGAACGGUGAAGAUUGUCUGAAUAAGGUUUGUCGAAAGUUGGGCAUAAUUGAAGUGGACUACUUCGGACUACAGUUUACAGGCAGCAAAGGAGAGAAUCUGUGGCUGAAUCUGAGGAAUCGCAUCUGCCAGCAGAUGGAUAACGUGACGCCAUGUCGAUUGAGACUGCGAGUCAAGUUCUUCGUGGAGCCCCAUCUCAUUCUGCAGGAGCAGACGAGGCAUGUAUUCUUCAUGCACGUGAAGGAGGACCUGCACAAUGGCCAUCUGCGCAUGGGCUCAGAACAAGCUGAGGAGCUGAGUGCACUGCUGGCGCAGGCAGAGUUUGGAGACUACAACCAAAACACAGCCCAGUACUGGUACUCGGAGCUUUGUGGAGAGGAACCCAGCCCAGCCACCACCAACAGUAUCAUAUUAAGACACAAGGCUCUGGAAGGUCUGGGUCAGAGCUCGGUGGAGUACCAGGCCCUGCAGCUGGUCUCCUCUCUGGAGCACUACGGUGUGGAGUGGCACUGGGCUCGAGAUGCAAACGGCCAGCGAAUGGCCAUAGGAGUGGGCCCUGAAGGGAUCGCAAUCUGCAAAGAGGACUUCACCAUAGUUAACAGAAUAAGCUAUCCCAUAAUCCAGAUUGCCACCCAGUCGGGGAAGAGCGUGUACUUGACAGUCACCAAGGACACGAGCGACAGCGUGGUGCUUCUCUUCAAACUGAUCAGUAACCGGGCCGCCAGUGGACUGUACAGGGCCAUAACAGAAACCCACGCCUUCUACAGGUGUGACACAGUUACCAGUGCAGUAAUGAUGCAGUACAGCCGAGACUUCAAAGGUCACCUGGCUUCGCUCUUCCUCAAUGAAAACAUCAACCUGGGCAAGAAGUAUGUUUUUGACAUCCGUCGCACCUCCAAAGAAGUGUACGACCACGCCCGACGCGCCCUCUAUAACUCUGGCGUCGUGGACCUGGUGUCUCGCUCUGGAAACGGGGAAAACUCGUCUCCUUCGCGCUCACCGAGCAGGGACAACCAUCAGGAUGAGGGGCUGGACUGCAGCAGCUGCCAGCAGAGCCGGGCCCUCCAGGAGAGGCUGCAGAAGCUCAGAGAGGCUCUGCUGUGCAUGCUGUGCUGCGAGGAACAGAUCGAUGCUGCAUUCUGCCCGUGCGGCCAUAUGGUGUGCUGCCAGACGUGUGCAAAUCAACUUCAGUUGUGUCCAGUGUGUCGGUCAGAGGUGGAGCAUGUGCAGCACGUCUACCUGCCCACCUGCACCAGUCUGCUGAACCUGACGCUGACCGACAACCACCAGCACCGCAGCAGCGGCAUCCCCACGUCCAUCCACAGAGACAUGGACUCUACCCACAGCUGUUCCUCCGCUGAGUACGAACACAAGAUCUACCACAUGUAAAGAGCAACCACACUUCACCAUGGACACUCUAAAGCUGUACCAGUUGGAUUUAGACAUUUACAGACAGAACCUUUGGAUGACUGUGUCAUCAGUCUGCGUUUCCUGUCUGGACAUAAUAACCCACCAAACACAACAUAAUCAAAGACUGACUCACUCAAACCACUCCGUUUACUUGACUUUUUGUGCGUUUGUGUGUUCAUUUAUGUUCCCUCUAUUCUUAUGGACUGUUUGUUUCCUAGUAUUGUUUUUGUUACGCCUAAGAUCAUUUUGUCUAAGUCCUCUUUGUUUUAAACUCCUCCCCUGCCACGUUGUGAUUUUUAGAUCAAGAUUAGGUUCUUAUUGUCCUUAUUCAUUAAAUUAAUGCAUCAGUUGAUCUGAUACAAAGAACCAUAUUGUUUUUGAAUUAUUAUGCUAUGAAAUUUAGUUUUGUUUUGGUUUUUUUUUUGGCUCCAUAGCAGGCUCCCAUAGCCGUAGAACUCCACCAAUCUGAUAAACCAUGGCUUUUAGGCUAGGUUAACACUGUACAUAGGCUUUUUUUUUUUUCACUUUUAAAGCUUCCUGACAUUUUAAAGCUGAUCUGCGUUUAUGGUGUACCAGAGUGAAAUGCAUUUUUUUUUUAUACAUUUAUUGCUAUUUUAUUAUUUGUUUCUCAUGGUUCCAUGUUUUCCACACCAAUGAGGAGGUGUUUAGAGGCGAAGCAGCUCUGCUCUGGCUGUAGUGUUGCAUACUAAUAGGAUACAACAUGCAGUAUGGUCCCGUUCCUGUGACCCCCAAUCAAAAGGGGGUCUCUUAGGUUCUUUUAUACAGUUGGUGCCGAGGCCAUGAAAGCCAAAUGCAGUAUGUUGCUAGCACUCCUUCACUUUACGUCACUCUGAGUAGGUCUGGAUCAUUCACUACCAUUUCUUCCAAAUAUUAAAUCUAGUUUUAUCAACUGGUUGUGUACCUUUUAUGUUUCACCUCUUUCUCAACAGAAAGUUAAAAUGCAAAAUAGGAAAGCAUGGAGCAUGAGCUGCUUCCUCUGAAAACCCUCCACUCUGAAAUUUUUCUCUGGGGUGUACUAGUGACUUCCUUUUGAUCAUUCUUUUAAAAGGGUACUAGGAGAGCUGUCUGUGCAAUAUGUAACUUGCUUUUUUGAAAAGCUUUUCAUUUUUCAAGUUUUAUUUAAUUUCAAAAACUAUAUUUAAAACUACAUUGUCACUUUACCAAUGAGGUUUUCCACAUGUCUGUAGGUUGUCUGGCCUUAAUGUAGCAGCAACACCAUGUUUAUUAUAAACUUUCCACAGACUUUUGGUUUUCUGGUAAGAAAAGGAAAACUCUUUAUUUAUCACUGACUCGAUUUUAAGCUCAGUCGCUGCAGGGGAAGUACUCUUAUUUUUCACAUUGUACGAGUAGCAAUUUGUUUCUGUUUUCUGAAGCAAAAGCCACUAUGUUCUGUAAAAUGAGAAUAACUCUUAGAAUUGAAUCCUUUUUGUAUAUUCUGCUUUUAACAAAGGAGAAAGUAUUAAUAAAGUUGUUUUUAAAAAA